UUUACUACAUUUCCCAGUUUGCAGCAGUGCGCAGCCGCGGGGCUGCUCGUCGCUGCUGUCGCUCCCUGCCUGUGCGUGUCCGCGGCGAAGGGGCUCCAGCAUCACUGCGCAGGCGAUGGAGCGAAUGUAGAGAAAAUAUCAUCUGGAGAAAAAAAAAGGAAAAAACUUACUAGUAAUCGCGGGACAAGUUUUUCUGCGUCGGCACUUUGCGAUGAGGGAAGGACGAUGUGACGGCGUGGAUUCUGUUUUGCGCCGCUGUGGAGCACGGACCGUCACACUGAGAGAAAUAAUAAUGCGGAAUAUUUCCCCCAUGUAGGUGUUAACGCAGAAAAUACAAGAUGAAGAAGCAGUUCAAUCGGAUGCGACAGCUCGCCAACCAGACGGUGGGGAGGGCAGAAAAAACAGAGGUGUUGAGCGAGGACCUUCUGCAGGUGGAGAAGCGUCUGGAUCUGGUCAAGCAGGUGACACACAGCACUCACAAGAAGCUCACUGCCUGCCUGCAGGGUCAGCAGGGCACUGACGUGGAGAAGAGGUCCGUCAAGUCCCCGUCUAAGAAACUACCACUGACGAUCCUGGCACAGUGUUUGGUAGAGGGGGCUGCAGUGUUGGGAGAUGACUCUCUCCUGGGGAAGAUGCUGAAGAUGUGUGGGGAGACCGAGGAGAAGUUGGCCCUGGAGCUCAUCCAGUUUGAGUUCCAGAUAGAGAGAGACGUGGUGGAGCCUCUCUACGUGCUCGCAGAGGUGGACAUCCCCAACAUCCAGAAACAGAGGAAGCACUUAGCGAAACUCGUCUUGGACAUGGACUCCUCACGGACAAGAUUUCACCAGUCCUCCAAGUCGUCCAGUCACCCGAGCACGCUGCAGCCAGGCGCCAAGGCCGAGUCCCUCAGAGAGGAGAUGGAAGAGGCAGCCAAUCGGAUGGAGAUUUGCAGGGAUCAGCUGUCUGCAGAUAUGUACAAUUUUGUGGCCAAAGAAAUAGACUAUGCAAAUUAUUUCCAGACACUGAUAGAAACACAGGCAGAAUAUCACAGGAAGUCAUUAGAAAUUCUUCACAGCAUCCUGCCCCAGAUUAAAGCUCACCAAGAGGCGUGGGUGGAGAAGCCGUCUUACGGCAAGUCUCUGGAGGAUCACCUGAACAUUAGUGGUAGAGAGAUUGCCUUCCCCAUCGAAGCCUGUGUCACCAUGUUGCUGGAGUGUGGCAUGCAAGAGGAGGGCCUCUUCAGAGUGGCUCCGUCAAACUCCAAGCUGAAGAAGCUGAAAGCCUCGCUGGACUGUGGAGUUCUGGAUGUGCAGGAGUACUCGUGUGACCCGCACGCCAUCGCAGGGGCUCUGAAGUCCUACCUCCGUGAGCUCCCCGAGCCACUGAUGACCACUGAACUUUAUGAUGAAUGGAUUCAGGCGUCCAACAUUCAAGAUAUGGACAAGAGGCUCCAAGCAUUAAAUGCAGCGUGCGAGAAACUCCCCACAGACAACUCGAACAAUUUCAGAUAUCUAGUGAAAUUCUUAGCCAAGCUGAGUGAGUAUCAAGACUCGAACAAGAUGACUCCCGGUAACAUGGCGAUCGUCCUCGGCCCUAACCUGCUGUGGACACACACCGAACCAAACAUCACGGAGAUGAUGACCACCGUGUCCCUGCAGAUUGUUGGCAUCAUUGAGCCCAUUAUCCAGCAUGCUGACUGGUUCUUCCCUGGAGAGAUUGAAUUCAACCUGACCGGCUGCUACGGCAGCCCCAUCCACACCAACCACAACUCCAACUACAGCUCCAUGCCCUCACCGGACAUGGAGCAGUCGGAGCGCAAGCAGCAGCACGACCAGAGCCGACGCCCACUGAGCGUCGCCACUGACAACAUGAUGCUGGAAUUUUACAAGAAGGACGGCAUUAGGAAGAUACAAAGCAUGGGCGUCCGGGUCAUGGAUACCUCCUGGGUGUCGCGUAAGGGUUCAUCCACGCUGACGCGCAAGACCUCCUCCACGCCUCCCGGCUUACAAGGGCCCGGCUCCCCCGCAGACACACUCAUCCCCGAGCAGCCCGGCGAGCUCACCACCUCCCCGUCCGCGACACCGCCCCCUGCAGAAAGGUUCUGCUCAGACAACGUGUCGCCCAAUCGGCCGGACACCUCUCAUGCCCACCCACCCCCAGGGGAGGACCGGCCGCCCCCCCCUUACCCCAUCUCCUCGUGCCACUCUCUCCCCCACCACUUCUAUCCCAAACCCCCGCCCUGCGCUCGCCCCGUGGCACCGGGUCCAGAGUCCCAGCCCCCCGCCUCACCCCCGCCCCCGAUGCGCUGGUCUGGCUUCACGCCCCCUGCCCCGCCCCCCUCCUCCUCCUCGUCCUCCUCCUCCUCGUCACUUGACAUCAAUUCGAACCCCAAACCCAGCUGCCUGCAUUUCCCCAAGCACAGUCCGCCUGGCGACAUGUCGCAUGCACCCCCGCCAGAUGCUAAUGCCUCACCACUCUACAUCAAAGCCCCCUUGGCACUAACUCGCCACGACCAGUCCUUUGGCAACCCCCCUAGCCUCCCUUCGUCCGCACCCCCGCCCCCGCCGUGGGCUGCCUGUCCAUGUGUCCGAGAGAGAGGACCCCCCAGGCUGACUAGUUCAUUGAAGAGUAAAGAGCUCUCCCCUGUAACUGGACACAAAGGCAUCCAGGUGGCAGGUCCAACAGUCCCUCCCAGCAGCAGCAGCCCGCAGAGCAGCAGCCAGUCCCCCCACUCCACGGAGCACAGUCCCCACACCCUGCACAAAGGUUCCAAGAAGUUGGCCCCUGUCCCUCCCAAGGUCCCUUACGGCCAGUCAGGCGGGAUGUCCGACCAGUCCACAGGUCAGCCGUCACCGGUCAGCCUGUCUCCCACACCACCUAGCACCCCUUCCCCUUAUGGACUGGCCUGCCCUCCAGGGCUAGUGCCCCCAUCCUCACCUGGGCAGACCCCAUUUGGGGCGCCCCACUCCCUCUCCUCCCCUCCCUCCCUGACCGGAACGCUCACCAAGUCUCGGCCCACCCCUAAGCCCAGGCAGAGACCUAGCCUGCCCCCUCCUCAGCCACCCACAAUCCCUCCUGGGCUCACUGGCCUGGCCAUGGCCCCAGUUCCCCAGCCCCUGGAGCAGGGCCUCCUGGAUGGACUGUCUCCUGGGGAGAGCAUGUCUACAGAUAUCUUCAGUUAUGAAAUCCCCUCCAUCAAUGUCAAUCUGGACAGCCUCAUCGAUGAGUUCAGCGGUGCCCCCUGCAGGAGGUCCCGGGCAGUGACAGACUCUCCAGAGGGAGACGCUGUGCCUGAGGAGGAGCCCCAGAGCACCACUCUAUGACCUAUGACCCCAAGGCAUCGCAGCUUACCAGCACCCCUGUGGCUGUACAUACUCUUAGCUGACGCCGCCGAGGCCUGAUGGAAACACCACUCGGCCUCACCAAUGCCCACCUGAAACCAGAACUCAGACCCUCCCUCACACCGGCUACAGGCUGCAAAGAACCUCAUCUCUCACAACUGCUCGCUAGAACAUAAAUGUGACAACAACAAAAAAACACCAAAAUGCCAUAGUGGAGGAACAGUUGCCUUUUAGGAGGAAAGACUGGAAUAUAAAUGAGUAUUACACUGAAGAUGUUUUCAGUUUCAAAUUAAUUUUUUUUCUGCCUUGCUUUGUUGGACUUGUUUGAUGCAGUGGUCUGCAUAUUCUGUGCACUUGUUCAAUUUCUUAAUUUGUUUUGCCUUAGAACAUGCAAUCAAAUUGCAAUAUGAUAUUCACAAGUUGUGCAACUCUUCGGUUAGGGAAACUCAGAGCCUGACGUGGUUAGGAGCAAUGCCCAUCCUCAGGGUGAAACAGAGAGACGGAGAGAGAGAGAGAGAGAGAGAGAGAGAGAGAGAGAGAGAGAGAGAGAGAGAGAGAGAAUAAUCUGCUUUUAAUGCUGACAGGGUAUUCAAGCUUUGUGCACAUUGAGGAACAUGCUGAGCCCGGCAGGUUUCGCAUGAAAGAUGAAACAUUAGAUUCUUAUUGUCGCAGGUUUUGUUCCCCCCUUCCCCCCACCCCUCCUCUAUCACUUUCAUUCACUUUAAAACCAGCACAGUAUGAGAAGAAUGUGAUUGUAAAUUCAAGUUUCAUCUUUUAUUCAGUUGAGAAAUAAAGAGAAAAAAAAAAGCACCAAUAUGUGUUUUGCAUGAAAAGCCGAUACGAUCAAACAGCUUCGGCGUCGAGAGCCUCGGAACGGCAGUGUGUUUUUAUUUUGCGCGAGUGUUUAUGCUGUUGUCGUCGUUGGAGGUGUUAAUUUAGAUCAAUCAUGUGCUGUAUCAGUUUGAUGGUUAUGGAUGGAUGGACUACACUGCCUUUAGGUUCACGUGAUUCUCUCUCUUAACCUUGUUUCAAGUGCUUCAGGUUCACUGACCUUUGACCCCGUGUGUAAAUACAAAGACUGUACAUAAAGCGAUGUACAAAAAUCUGAGAGGUAAAGUAUAUGUAAAAUGCAUAUCUUGAAUAUAUAUAUAAUGAUAAUAUAUGUGCUGAUAUUUAUCUGGUGUAGAAAAUGUAAUGAUCAAAAAAAAUGUGAUGUUAUUUUUGUCCCUGCACACGAUGAACAGGUCUAUUGUAGAUUCAUAGUCUUUCACGUUGACACCAGGUAACUACGAUGCUGCAGCAGAAUCGCAGAAAGUUAUUUCUGCUAGGAAUCAAAUCUUUCUAUUUCUGCCUCCUGCGCUUUGACUUCAGACAUGCUGGGGUGCUAAUCACACCAAUGCGCUAUCUUUUCCUCUUUUUUAAUCCGCUACGAUAGAUUCCUCUGUAAAUAAUCACUUUGAGCCCGCUUGGACCUUUUAAUUCAUCCGUAAUGAGGCAACACAUUGCUAAGCCUGUAUUGUAGGACUGACUUGAACUGAUUAGAAAUCAAAUUUGGCUCAUCGGCUGUUUCUCCAACUAAAUUUCGAAAAAUGUUUCGCCGCAGACCAUAAAUUAGAGACGUCAGAAAACAGAUGCUGCAGUGUCACUUUUUUUAUUUCACACAGAAUGUCCUAGGACAAGAAUUUUGUCGAUUUAAGUGCAAUUACAGUGUUUACUGAUCCACCUCAGUCCAAAAAAAGUGGUCAAAGUCACCCUAACCCCCAAACCUUCAGAAAAAAAAGCCAUUCAUUUUAUUACGAAGAGGUUGUUUUUCUUUCCGUGUGAGUUUUCUGCUUUACGAAAUGAUCUCUAGAUUAACCUCUCUCCUGCAGUGAUCCAUGGUAUGCCUCAGUGUGUAUAUGUUUAUGAAGAUAUUGGUGGCGUUGAUGAUUCUGUUGAUAGCUGUGGUGAUUAUAUGACAAAUAAUUGCAAGUGCCCUCACACUGGUUGUUAUUUUGGAAAAAUAGGCAUAAUAGAGGUUUUAUUGUCUGUGCUGGAUCCAUAGAUUUAUACGAGGAGGCUGGGGUACAUCUGAAUGUGACCCACUCAGAUUUCAAACGGUCGGGUACCUGCUUUUGUAACCACUAACAGGACAAACGGGAGCUAGUUUUUUGGGGAUGAAAGUUAACUAGGGCCUGUUGGCAUGUGUUGUUAUCAGUGCUGGGCUGUAUUACUGUAAUGCUUUUGUGCAUCAUAACUGGAACUUACAGCCACCUAAAAGCAUGCAUUCAUAUUCAUUAUAGGUGUGAUUAUUACGCUGCUGAAGAGAGAAAAAUAAAAACGUCUGUAUAUCCUCCCCCAAAAACACAAGUCAUAAUCACCUCUUAUCUUGUUUCAGCCAGUAAACUGAUUUUACUGUCAUGUCUGAGAGUGUUAUUCAUAGGAGCCACAUUGUGCACCAAAGUAGUGCACUGUUCCGUAGUUUUAUUGAGCAUUUGAAAUGCUGUAUAGGCCUAUAUUUCCUAUCUCACCUCACCACCAAGUGUGUUGGUCUAAAAUGAAGCUCAAUUUGUUUACAUUUUGUGGGGGGGGAGGGGAUUUUAAAGAAGUUACAAAAAAAAAAAAGCGAAGAAAAGGAAAAAUCCGACAAAAAGUGUCUUGCAUGCGCUUAGAUAGUCUUUUGAUAAUCCAUGUUUUGUGUCAAUCACUGUCUUUUUAGGGAUUGUACGAGGGGUAAUGAACAAAAAUGUGGUUGAUGGACUCCGGAGAAUGUGGAUCACGAUGAAUGGUCCUGAGUGUGGGGGGUUUUUGAGCAAUACGGUAGAGGAGUGGACGUUGCCUGUGGAUGUACUGCCUCCUUCUGCUUUUCACGACUAGUGUACAAACAGAACCUGCCGCUUGUCAAGCCCACCACGCCAACCCCCCUAUGCCCCCCCCCCUCCCCUCCCCUCCUCCUCUGCUUAGCAUAUCAAGUGGAACACAGUGUGUACUGUGAA